UGCUACGUGACCUCGCGCAUGUUCUCUCAGGGGUGUAUUAAACUCGAGGAAUGCUUAAUUACGAAAUAAAGUAAAGUUGACAAUUUAUAGAAUUUAUAGCAAAUUGUCAGCCGCCAAUAAGAGAUAUAACUGUUAAAAGAAGUAACUUGUGGCACUGCUCUUGGGCUGAGCAAAGCGGAAGAGGGCGAGCGAGCCUGCUUGCCUGCUGACAGGAGCGAGCGAGAAAGAAAGAGAAAUGGCGCCUCAAUGCUGUGCUCACUGAGGCAGUGUUUAAUACAAAUAUAUAGACAUAACAACGGUAAAGACGAGUAGAAAUCAUGGUGAACACAAGAAAGAGCUCUCGGUUUGAGCCAAGUAUUCCCUUUAUUUCAUCCAGGACCAGGUCGUCUGCCAGGAAUCACCCGAACUCUGAGGAACAUAAGGAGCCAGGCAGUGAUGUGAGCAGUCCCUCAAGCCCCCGGAUGUCCCCGCCCUCAAAACGAACACGCAGGCAGUCGAUGCCCAGCUCCAGCGACACAUCCCCUUCGCCACAGAGCAAGGGCCAGAGGGUGAGCUGGGACAGGCCCACCUACCGUACCAGGUUAUCCUCUCGUACUUUGCAGAACGGACACGCCCAUAAGAGUCAGAGGGAAGAGGAGGCUGGAGGGGGAGACCGCGCCCACAUGAACGGCCACGUGGAGCUGCAGAGAAGCUGCCGAGUGAAGAAGAGCCGCUUCGAACACCUCAACCAGAGUCUGCUGUUCGACCAGCUCGUCAACAGUACCGCCGAGGCCGUUCUGCAGGAGAUGGACAACAUCAGCAGCAUCAGGCAGAGCCGAGAGGUGGAGAGACUCCGGAUGUGGACCGACACAGAGGUGGAAAAUAUGGACAUGUAUUCCCGGGUGAAGAGGAGGAAAGCGAUGCGCAGGAACACCUUCAGCAUGCAGACGCACCACAAAGUCCUGAGCAAGACGGAUGAGGAAGAGGAGGAAGAGGAGGAGGGGACGGAAGAGUCCCACGAGGAGGAAGAGGAGGCGGAGGACGAUGAUGAGGAUGACGAGGAUGAUGAAGGAGAUGAAGCCGAGGAGGCUGGAGAGGGGGACGAUCGGCCCUACAACCUGAGGCAGCGCAAGACAGUUCAGCGAUACGAGGCGCCCCCUAUUGAGCCAGUGAACAGGAAGCAGAGCAACCCGUCUGUGUUCGACACCCACAGAUCACCUGCCAGAAGAAGCCAUAUAAGAGUGAAGAAGCACGCCAUCCAUAGCAGCGACACCACCUCGUCUUCUGACGAAGAGAGGUUUGAGAGGAGAAAGAGCAAGAGCAUGACCCGGGCCAGAAACAGGUGUUUACCUGUGAACCUGCGGGCAGAGGAUCUGGCUAGCGGGGUGCUGCGGGACAGGGCAAAGGUGGGUGCCAGCCUAGCAGACGUGGACCCCAUGAACCUGGACAACUCGGUGAAGUUUGACAGCGUGGGUGGCCUCAGUAACCACAUCCAGUCUCUGAAAGAGAUGGUGGUGUUCCCUCUGCUCUACCCAGAGGUCUUUGAGAAGUUCAAGAUUCAGCCGCCAAGAGGGUGUCUGUUCUAUGGGCCCCCGGGAACAGGGAAGACACUGGUAGCGCGAGCACUGGCUAACGAAUGCAGCCAGGGCGACAAGAAGGUGUCUUUCUUCAUGAGGAAAGGAGCUGACUGCCUCAGCAAGUGGGUCGGCGAAUCAGAGCGACAGCUGCGCCUUCUUUUUGACCAGGCGUAUCUAAUGAGACCCUCCAUCAUCUUCUUUGAUGAGAUCGAUGGGCUGGCCCCAGUGCGUUCCAGCAGACAGGACCAAAUCCACAGUUCAAUCGUGUCCACGCUGCUGGCCCUGAUGGACGGGUUGGACAGUCGAGGAGAGAUAGUGGUCAUCGGUGCUACUAACAGACUUGACUCUAUCGACCCUGCACUCAGGAGACCCGGGCGUUUUGACCGGGAGUUUCUGUUCAACCUGCCCGACAAAAAGGCAAGAAAACAAAUCCUAGACAUCCACACGCGGGACUGGAACCCCAGACUGGCAGAGCCGUUUGUAGAGGAGCUGGCAGAGAAAUGUGUCGGAUACUGCGGAGCAGACAUCAAAGCACUUUGCACGGAGGCGGCGCUGGCUUCGCUGCGACGCCGCUACCCCCAGAUCUACGGCAGCAGCGUCAAGCUGCAGCUGGACGUGUCCUCCAUCGUCCUGGGCCCUCAGGACUUCAGCAGGGCCCUGAGGGCCAUCAUCCCUGCCUCCCAGAGGGCCCUGGCCCCCCCGGGCCGGGCUCUGAGCCCUGCCCUGAGGCCCCUGCUGGCCGGGGCCCUGGCUGAUAUCCUGGGGUCCCUGUUCCGCGUCUUCCCCCAUGCCGAGCAACGAGACAGAGACGACUCGCACGUAGAUAAUCAGCUGCUAGAGGAGGAGUUGUACAGCGACGAGGACAAUGAGGAAGGAACCAGCUCCAUCUACGACUUCCACCCAGGAUCCCCACAGAGACCCUCCCCUUCCACAGCAUCUCACAGACCCUUCCUUCACUUCAGCACGUCAGCCCUGCUCCAGCCCACGGCGUUCCGCCCCCGCCUGCUCCUUUCCGGGCCCCCAGGAUCAGGCCAGACCUCUCACCUGGCCCCUGCCCUGCUGCACCACCUGGACAAGCUGUCUGUGCACUGCCUGGACCUGCCCACGCUCUACUCUGUCAGCGCUAAGACCCCCGAGGAGUCCUGCGCUCAGGUGUUCCGCGAGGCUCGUCGGAGCGUGCCCAGUGUGGUGUUCAUGCCGCACAUCUCUGAUUGGUGGGAGGUGAUCAGCGACACUGUGAAGAGCACCUUCCUCACCCUGCUCCAGGACGUGCCCUCCUUCACCCCCAUCCUCAUCCUCGCCACCGCAGAGUCCAGCUACACACAGCUACCAGAGGAGGUGAGGAGUAUGUUCCAGCAGAGCUACGGAGAGGUGGUGAGUCUGUCUCCCCCAGGACAGGAGGACAGGAGGAGGUUCUUCUCUGAGCUGCUGUUGGACCAGGCUUCCAGAGCGCCGCCCCGCAGGAGAAGCCCAGCAGGUGUGUGUGGAGAGGAGAGGCUGGCGGUGGCUGCGACCCCGGGGCCCAGGGUUCUGUCCCCGGAGGAGCAGAGCCGGCUGGCGGAGCAGGAGGAGAACACCCUCCGGGAGCUCCGCCUCUUCCUCAGGGACGUCACCAAGCGCCUCGCCACCGACAAGCGCUUCAACAUCUUCAGCAAGCCGGUCGACAUCGAGGAGGUGUCAGAUUACUUGGAGGUGAUUGGCCAGCCCAUGGACUUGUCCGCUGUCAUGUCCAAAAUCGACACUCACAAGUACCUGACGGCCAAGGACUUCCUGUUUGACAUCGACCUCAUCGUCAGCAACGCGUUAGAGUACAAUCCUGACAAGGACCCCAGCGACAAGAUCAUCCGACACAAGGCGUGCAGCCUGAAGGACACGGCGCACGCCAUGCUGGCCUCAGAGCUGGACCAUGAGUUCGACCGCAUGUGUGAGGAGAUUCAGGAGUCACGCAGGAAGAGGGACUUCCAGACACCGGCCCAGACGACUGUAUCUUCCGGCGCCAUGGCAACCAGGAAGCCCGUGGGAGAGGAGCAUGCUGGGAGCAGCACUCAGGGCGAAGGAGCCGACAAGCACUGCAGCAAUCACUUCAAGCGCAAAGCUCGCCGGCGUCCAUCUUGGGGGCGGGGCAUCAUCCGCAAGAAGAAGAGCUACAAAAAGGGAAUGGAUGUAGAGGAAGAGGAGGAAGGAGGCGAGCCUGAGACAGCCGGGCCCAGCGACUCCUGCCUGACCCAGGACGAAGACUCCUGCGACACCACAGGGCCACAGGCCAACGGCCACCACGAUCCCUCGCACCCCCUGGGCCCCUCCACGGAGGAGGAGAGCUCCAGCGAGCUGCCCGUGGCCUCCCCUGCCUCCGCCCACGGCCCGAAACCCCUCACAGCCCCCCAGCCCAAGGAGGAGGAGAUCCAGUCCAAGGACAGAGACCACCAGCCAGACUCCAGAGAAGACCGUCACCCCAUGGACGAGGGCAGCACCAGAGUAAUGCCCAACAGCCUCCGGCUGAAGACAGACUCCAGUCAGCCCCUGGUCGUGGAGGCCCAGCCCAAGGCGGAGCCAUCUCCAGCCCCUCAGCUGGAAUGCGUCAACGGGGACGAGUCUAUGGACAGCCUGGACUCCCAGGGCAGGGGGGCGGGGCCAGACAGGGCUCAGGAGGCGGAGCUUGGAGAGGCAGUAGCUGAGAGCGGAGUGGGCGGAGACCGCCCUCCUUCAGACGGGAGGACUGGAGCAGAACUGCAGGAGGAGGAUCACACCAGAGAAGGCGGGGACAAGAGCAGGAAGUUGAGAAAGAGACAAUCAGAGCAGAGCAAGGGCUUGACUGACGGGACAGAGGAGGUGGCCCCUCCCCCUCCACCCUUAGUGGUCGACCACCAGCGAUUAGAGGCUCUCCUGGAUGUGGUGGUCAGGAAGACUGAGGGCUACAGUGUGGAUCAACUGGAGAGGCUGUUCUCUAUGCUCAGCCAGUGUAUCUACCAGCACCGCAGAGACUACGACAAGACUCGCCUACUGGAGGAUAUGGAGAGGAGCGUGCAGCAUUUUGAAACAUUCCUGUGACACGUGGCCUAUCAGGUGGACCCUGGUCUGACUGACCACAGAGAGACACACACACACACACAUGGAGAGAGCAAAUUCAAAAUCCUGGUCUUAAUACCGACAGGCGGGAGAAUGGACAGAGAGGUAAAGGAGGAGAGAGACAUUCUAUGGUGCUAUUGUCUCAGGUACCUGGCCCAGUCUACAGAACCAAACACAGACUCCUGGAGGAGUAGGUGUUGUCGGGUCACACAAACACGCCAAUGUGGCCAGGCAACCCUGGUGCUACUCGGGUGCUAACCUGGAUCCCCCGGAUCCUUAUCCAUGCUGCUCUCGGGACUCAGAAACUCAGAAACCAACCAACCAACAGAUUGGGUGAUGUCAUAUCGCAACCUGGCCUCUUUCCUACGGGGAACUGGCUGUGCACACGACCACACAGUCGCACAAGCAUGCAUGCACACACACACACACACACACGGAACUUGGCACAUGAAUCGUCACCAGCAGUAGUGCGACGGUGUGAAUGCAGCGCGCAGCUAGGAGGCGGCAGAGUCGGAUGUCACGCAAUGUCUGAACUACAUCGGGGAUACAUCUGAGCUACAUCUACCCUCCAUGGCUGAGCCCUCAUCAUGUCUCAGUCCAUCGCAGGCCAGUCAUCUCAAACUUUUCUCAAAGGCUAAUCUUUUUUCUUUCCUCUUCUCCCUCACCUUCUCCCUCUCUUUCUCACUCCUGACUAUUGUAACAUCUGAGUGGUCUCUUUCUAAGCUACCCUGUAGCCUUCACGCCCAGAAAAAAACAUGUUUCCCCUCUAUCCUUCACGCGCAGAAAAUGAUUCCCCUGGAUGUUUUGUAGUGGGAAGAUGCGGUCGAAGGUAAGCCUGGGAACCACUCAAAUCAAUCAGAGCUCCCCCUAAACCCAUUAAUGAAACGGCAUCAUUAUAUGUGCAGAGCUCUUGGAACCUGAGGCUUCAGCAUUCAAACAAAUGCAACCUUGGCGUGGCGUUCACGGGCCUGGCAGAGUGACGCGCUGGUUCUAGUGCUGCAGAGCUGCUUCUGAUUCCCAGAGCGUCGCUCUUCCCCUCCAGCUACGCCCCGCUAGAUCCCCUUCUGUUUCCGUCUAGCUGGAGUGAACUGGAAGCAGUACAAGUUUUGGGGAACGUCUGCACUGCCUGGCGUGUGCCUUACUUGCGCCUCAGAUCAUCUCUGUUUUCUGAAUGGGUUUUAGUCUUGUUACGUUUACAGUGAGUGUGCAUAGAAUGCGUAGCGGUUCUGUGUCGGGUUCCCUGAGGAAACGCUGGCCCAGACGUUGACCACACCUUUAAGUUCACGGUUCUCACUGUCAGAAGAGCAGGUCUUACCUGACCAUGGUCUUACCUGACCAUGGACUUAUCUGACCAUGGUCUUACCUGACCAUGGUCUUACCUGACCAUGGUCUUACCUGACCAUGGUCUUACCUGACCAUGGACUUACCUGACCAUGGUCUUACCUGACCAUGGUCUUACCUGACCAUGGACUUACCUGACCAUGGUCUUACCUGACCAUGGACCCGGUGCUUGUGGGACGUCACCUAGCCACCUGUGGAGAGUCACACCCAGCGCUAGGCCCGACCUGCAGGUGAUGCCAGUGUCUCAUCACACAUACAGUCUGUGUAGUUUCCUCACCUCACCGUUUGUUCCGCUUUCAUGUGGAGUCUCAAGUCAAGUCACAGCAGUCUUUGUGCCAAUAUUACCUUCUCAAUCUCAAAAAAAAAAAAACUUAAAAAAAACAAGGUGCUGAGGUCUGACUUGACUGUGCCUGUUUUGAGUCGACACAAUCACAGGAAUAUAAAAGAUCUACGCAAACGUUAUAACCUAACAUCUAUUGUUGUGCAUUUAUUUGUUUUGUGUUUUUUUUUUUAAUGAAUUUUUCAUUUUUAUAUGAUUCUUCAGCAAUGGUGUGCAGAUUGAUUGUGAGUCCUGUGAAGAACAAGGCCAUUCUAGCCAUUGUUAAGGUUUAACCAGCGUUAAGCCAGUUUGGUUAUUGAUGCAUAUGCUUGUUUGAUGUCCUGCUACUAAGGCGAGUGGGGGAACCUCUGCUCACUGAUCAUCACUCAAAACUAUUGACUAAAAAUGACAUGAACCUGGACUGAAUGAGUGACUUGACACAGGUGACAGGACAGGGAGGAGAGGCACCUGUAGGGCCUGAUGCUGCAUCAGGUGCCACUUCUACACUCCUAUAUCCCUGUCCUUCUAAAGUUGAUUAAAACUCCCCUCCUCACCUCAGCCUUUUCUUGGAUUAUAGGUAUAGAUUCAUUUAAAACAGAAUAAAAAUACAGACUUAAGUUUAAAUCGUAUGCAAAGUAGAAUUUUGAGUUAGCAUUGGACAACUACAAAAGCUACCUCAGCUUAAUUUAUUUUAAUGCUAAUAAGACAAGCUAUUAACUGGGAACAAACAGUAUAAUCACUUUCCAUAAUGUGAUUUUCGCAACUCGUGACAGCUACAAUACCUGGUCAUAAACAGCACGGCCGCAGAAUUAAUCCAAGAGGUUUUUUUUUUUUUCUUUCUCUCCUGUGAUUUUUAAUUUGCGUUUUGAGCCAGACGAAAAAUACAUAGCAUUAGAUUUCUAAGGAAAUUCUGUUCACUGUAUUUCUUUUCACUGUCCUUUUUCCCAGCUUUUGUAUUUUGAUGUCCUGCUUGAAGUGCUUUUCUGUGAGAUGGCACGAUGCUUUCUCCUUCACUGUCAAGAUGGCAUUGUUGUCUUGUCCUGAACAUCCAGUCUCCCUUUUCUCUUUCGUCAUAACAGAUUGUGUGUUUGCAGAUUUUCAUCUCUUUCUCUUGUGGUGCUCUAUUUCAUUUGUAUUUAUUUGCAUAAUUACUGAACUUUUACAUCUAACAUCCAUAAAAUGUUCUUUUUGUACAUUUUUUAAAUUCAAACACGUUGGGGAAAAUUGUUACUUACGUUUUGAAAGCCGAUGUAGCGCUUGUGUAGCAGGGUUGUGUUGUUAUGGUGUGAAGGGGAAUAAAGGGUUUACAGGUCUCUCAGGUUCCACACGCGUAUACAUAGAAACAACCCAAUUUUCUAUUUAUUCCAUUGUGGUGAUGUUUCUAUUACUUUGUGGUUAUUGACUGUGGCAUACUGGAUGAGAUUCACUGGGCUUGACUUAAUUCACUCAAGUUUCAUCAAAAUGGGUUUGUAGGUUUAGAGUGGAAAACAAGUGACAAAAAAAUAUUAACGUUUGUAAGCAUUUGCUUUGUUAAUGUCGGUCUGUCCACCUUUAGCCAAAAUAUAAUUUUUAGAUAAAGAUGCUUUGAAUUCGGGAAUAAAGGAUGGGUAGCAAAAUGUCAUACAUUAUCAUGCUCUCUUGGUAUUCUUUAUUAUACAUUUCAGUUAGUUUGGACACACAACCAAUUUUUGUCUGGUAGACGAUUUAGUCCAGUAUGCAGAAUGAAUGGAGGUCAUCACAACUUAAUUGUUUUUUUGUUAUGUUUACCUUAAAUUGAAUACUCAGUUUUUCCACCUUUGAAAUCUGGUAGCUUUGCCAUGUUUUGGGAUUUUAUUUUGACAUAAAGUGUAUUUAACAGCCCUUUCUUCCCCUAUUCGUAUUACUUUUGUGGAAGUUAUAUUUGAAAUGAAACAUUUACUGUAUUUCAGAAAUGAACUGCUGUGAUAUACUUGAAUAAAGGUUCAAAUUGUA